AUGGAGCUGAGGGAAGAGUGGCAAGAUGAUGAAUUCCCCCGGCCGCUGCCAGAGGAGGUCUCUGAGGAGGACCCGGAAGAAUCCAGCUCGGAGCUCAGCCCAGUGGCCAUCAACACCCUGCAGCUGUGCGGCCGGCGGCACAUGAGGCGACGCCUCCCAGCGCCCGACCUCAGCGAGGGCUCCGUGAAGUCCGGGGAGCUCCCGGGGGCCACGCCGGAGGGCAGCCUGGACAUCGACGUGGACGAGCUGGAGACGCCGUCCGACAGCGAGCCGCAGGAGGGCUCCGAGGACGAGCAUGCCUUCGAGUGGGAAGAUGACCUCCCCAGGGCCCGGCGCGUGGAUGGCAACCUCCCGGAGAAGUUUUGCGCAGGCCGCGUGGUGGACGUCAAGGGCCAGGAUGGCCGGAAGUGGCGGAUCUUCCUGAUGGAUGAACAGGAGACGAAGGUGGACUUGAGUGCCAUUGAACCGUACAAGAGGGUCAUCUCCCAUGGAGGGUAUUAUGGCGAAGGCCUGAAUGCCAUCAUCACGUUCGCUUCCUGCUACUUGCCGGAGAGCAGCGUCCCGAAUUAUCCGUACAUCAUGGGGAACCUCUUCAGGUACAUAACAGGGACCCUAGAGCUCAUGGUGGCCGAGAACUAUAUGCUUGUGUGUCUCAAUGGCGCCGCCCCGCGGAGCAAAAUUCCUUCCUUCACCUGGAUCAAGGAGUGUUACCAAACCAUCGACCGGCGGCUCCGGAAAAACCUGCAGACUUUGAUCGUUGUCCACCCCACGUGGUACGUCAGAGCUCUGACGGCCCUCUGCAGACCUUUCCUCAGCUCCAAGUUCAGCCGAAAACUGCGGUUUGUGGACAGCCUGGAGGAGUUGGCACGGCUGAUCCCGCUGGAGCAAGUCCACAUCCCGGACUGCAUCCGCCAGUGA